AUGGGAGACAAGUUAACACCAACUGAAAUUGAUGCCAUUGUCACAGCACUUGAAACCAAGCUCGGCGCAGCACUUGAAACCAAGCUCGGCAACAAAAUUGAAACGUCUUUUAGUUCCUUAGAAACCAAGUUUGCUACCAAGCUUGAUUCAGCUACAAAUUCUCUAAAAUCUGCACUUGCUAUGCAUGGAGAUUGUUUAGACAAAUUAUGGAAACAUGCUGGUUUUGAAUAUAAGUUGAAGGCUGAUAUACCUAGUUUUCAUGGUGGUUUACAUAUUGAAGACUUGCUGGAUUGGUUUUAUGAAGUCGAUUCCUUUUUCACUUUCAUGGAAGUUCCUGAAUCUUCUCAAGUUAAACUGGUAGCUUAUAAAUUAAAAGGUGGAGCUGCAGCUUGGUGGGAAAAACUCGGUGAAGAUCGACGCAAUGCUCAUAAACCUCCUAUACGUACAUGGAAAAGAAUGAGACAAUUAUUAAGAGAUAAAUUCUUACCUACAGAUUAUAUGCAACAACUUUUUAUUAAGCUUCGGAACUGUCGACAAGGGGCCAGAUUAGUUGAAGAAUACGUUGCUGAUUUCUAUGCUUUAGUUGCUCGUAACCAAUUGAAUGAAACUGAAGAGCAAUUAGUUGCACAUUUUAUAGCUGAUUUGAAUAAUUUAAUUCAACAGGGACUGACGCAGUCCGUGUUUACAAUGGUUGAAGCCAUCCAACAAGCUAUUAGAGUUGAAAGGCAUGUACUCAGUACCUCUAGACAAGCAACUCCACGUCAAGCUCGUUAUCAAAACUUUUUUAAAACUGCCAGACCAUAUAAUUAUUCUUAUGGUUACCAAGCUGAAAAGGGAUCAACAGUCGUUGUUGAUCCAUCCUCACAGGGAUCAACUGUCUUUGUUGAUCCACAUGACAGAAGUGCAAACCAACCAUAUCAGCAACAACAACCUACUUCUGUUCCUUCAGAACCUGCUCCUACAAUGCAUAUCUCAUCUGCUAAGCCACCUCAGCCUCCUCCACAACGAAAUUUUGUUCGCAAUACUAAAGGUAAUCAGUUUAAACAAGAUUUUCCACCAUUAUCUAAAUCCUCUAACCCUUAUUCAAAAUUUCGAGGAGAUAAAUGUAACAAGUGCAACCAAACUGGCCAUACUUCUAGUGAUUUUCGCAAAUUCCAUGCUUACAUUAAUGAAACUUCAGACGAAACACAAGAAGAAGAAGCGUUUGGAGAUGAUGAAUUAUUUUAUCUUCAAGAACAUGAGACUUAUGAUGCAGAUUUCCUUGGGAUGAUUCGACCAGUUUUAAUCACUGAACCAUGUCCUACUCAGAGACAUAAUAUUUUCAGAUCUCAUUGUUUCAUUGAAGAGAAUCUUUGCACUAUGAUCAAUGACAGUGGAAGUACAGAAAACUAUGUUUCUGCAAAGUUAGUUGAGAAACUUGGUUUACCUGUUACUCUUCAUCCAAAACCGUAUUCACAAGUUUAUUAUUGGGAAGACCAUGGAAGUAUGAUAUUCGUGUUGUUCAUAACUGCUAUGAGAAUACUUAUACCUUUGUUCAUGAAGGGUUUACUAGUCAUAUGGCCUUUACAAUCUUCUAAUUCAGUCAAGGAACCAUCAGAUAAGAAGACAAAUGCACUAGUCGCUACCAUUGUUCAUUCUUUACAACCAAAUCAUUCUUUGGGUUCUCAUGAAGCUGAUAAACCAAUGGUGGAAAUUCGAGACAAGGUACAACCUUUAUUAUCUUCUUUCAAUGACUUAUUUCCUACUGAAUUACCCAAUGUUUUGCCUCCAUUAAGAGAUCUACAACAUCAGAUAGACUUUAUACCUGGAACUUCUAUUCCUAAUCAACCUCAUUAUAGGUUAAGUCCUAAAGAACAUGAGAUUUUACAAGGUCAGUUGAUGAUUUGUUACAAAAAGGUUUGGUUUCCCAUACCAAGAAUUGAUGACAUGAUAGAUAUGCUUUCGGGUGCUAAAGUGUUUACAAAGCUUGAUUUACGUAGUGGGUAUCAUCAAAUACGUAUUCGAGAAGGUGAUGAAUGGAAAACAGCUUUCAAAACAAAAGAAGGUUUAUAUGAGUGGUUAGUCAUGCCUUUUGGAUUAUCUAAUGCUCAUAGUACUUUUAUGCGCCUCAUGAAUCAAGUUCUGCAACCUUUUCUUGGAAAAAGUGCACUUUCUUUACAAACAAGGUCACUUUCUUGGGAUAUGUUGGAUACUGGUAUUUCUGUGGAUGAUUCUAAAGUUAAGGCAAUUGUGGAUUGGCCUACUCCAACAUCUAUUCGUGAAGUAAGAAGUUUUCAUGGGUUAGCUUCUUUCUAUAGAAGAUUUGUGAGAAACUUUAGUACCAUUGCAGCUGGUUUGACAGAUUGUUUGAAGUGUGAUACUUUUGAGUGGACUGAAGAAGCAGAUAAGAGCUUUAAUCUUCUUAAGGAAAAAUUGUGCAGUGCACCUCUUCUUGCCAUGCCAAAUUUUGAUAAACCUUUUGAGAUUCAUUGUGAUGCUUCUGUUGUUGGCAUUGGUGCUGUGUUAUCUCAGGAAGGACAUCCAGUUGCAUACUAUACAAAGGUCAAUAGGAUGCAUGAUAGAUGGUUAUCUACUAUUAACCAAUAUACUUUUUCCAUUAAACAUCAAAGUGGGAAACUUAAUCAAGUUGCUGAUGCUUUGAGUAGGAGAGCUCAUCUUCUGGUUACUCUUAAACAUGAGAGUUUAGCCUUUGAUUUCUUAAAAGAUUUAUAUAGUGAAGACAAAGAAUUUAAGCAACUUUGGGACAAGUGUGGUUCUUCAACAGGAAGUGUUGAUGAUUUUCUCAUUCAAGAAGGGUUUCUCUUUAAAGGAAAUCGUUUAUAUGGACAAACUGAAGUGGUCAAUCGAUCUUUAGGAAAUCUGAUUAGAGCCAAGGUUAUUGGAGGAAAAGAGAAGCAAUGGGAUAAUCUCCUUCCACAUAUGGAAUUUGCUUAUAACACUUCAGUUAAUCGAUCUACAUGUAAGACACCUUUUCAGAUUGUUUAUUCUAAGGUUCCUAAUCAUAUUUUAGAUUUGGUGGUACUUCCCAAGCUGCGUAAAUCAAAUGCUAAGGCAGAUAACUUUGUUGAGAAAGCUUCACUCAUACAUCAAGAGGCUUGUCAUUUGAAAUCUGCAUGA